CGUUGGGCAACGAACGAAUUUUUAUUAUUCGGCCUCACUAACAGCCUGCCGUUGCGUAAUAACCGACCGCUGCGAACGCUGUUCGACGACGACGACACGGCACGCACCGCGUUGACGUCGUCGUCCUAAACAACAGUGAACGCGACCCGGCCGAGUCUCCGCGCCCGUUUUCGCAAUAUUAUUACUGUCGUUUUUUUUUUUUACGAUCGCAGUCGUUGUACGCACACCGGGCCACUUGUCGAAAUCUCCGGUUUUACGGAACGCCACUACGCACGGCCCCCGUCACCGUCGUCAUGGAGUUCAGAUUCAACAUCAACAACGCGGUGGCCACCACCGUCCAGAUACUGAAAAUCGACAACACGCUGACGGCCGAAGGAUACGAGAAAAACGUCGAGUGAGUGUCCGGACGGUGUCAUGGCGGUACAUCCGCGGCCGAUUUUUUUUGUUUUUCGUUUUUUUUCGCUCGCCGAUAAAUAUACCGGGAAACUCGGGUUAUUUUAAGAUUCGCCUGUUCUAUAAUCGGCACGUUGGUUUUCCACUGUCGUCGCGUCUUUCGCUCGGACCGCCCGCGGGACUAAGCCCAUCGCGCUUGCCGGUAUAUGUCGAAUUGUGUUCGUAAUAAAUUUUAUUUCACCCGUUUUGCCCGUAAUUGGCGCUUUGUUCGUUCUAAGCUUUUCGUUUGUUUUUCAUAUUUCAUAUUCAUAUUUCGCAUGCUAAUGUUUCUCGUCAACGGCCGACUAACAACUGACAAUUUAAACGCAAAACAGUCCGCGUUCGCGCGCAAUCGAAAUAACGUAUUACUGUGGAUUUUUAAUAUCUUACUUUCAACCCGGCUAUAAAAUAUUUGAUUUUUAAAACUCGGUAUCCCACACAGACCACGGAUUAUUAUUCUGGCAUUUUUUUUUUUUUUUCUUUUAUUGAUUUCCCGAACUCGGUCCGUUUACCGUGCAACAAUACGAAUAACCCUUGGAUAUUUUUACACUGUUAUUGAAGUAAAAACAAAUUGUUUUAUUCGAGAGAAAUUUCGAAUUUUUUUCCUAAAGUUUUCAAUGAGAAACAUGUGGUAAUAUUGUACUUGGUUCACGUACAGAGAAUAUAUUUCUGGUGAUGCCCUAACCAGCUACAACCUCUAAUGUCUUUAAUAUCAAAACAAUGAAAUAAACACUGACCUUAAUUAUUAAUACGGUAGGUAUCAAUAUAUUGGUAAUAUUUUAAAAUAAUAUUGUCCUAUCACAAUAUUCUAUGUAAUUUAAAUUUGAUAUUUUGUGAACCCAACAUCGCCAUUACAAGUUAAUGCUUAUAGGCGAUGUGUACCCUAGAUUCGUUAGAUUGUUUAUUAUUUUAUUGUGUUUGUUCUUAUUUUGCCAUAUUGGUUACAAAAAAUAAACAAUUGUUAUUAUUAAACUUCAUUAAUGUUAUUAUUAUUGGCUGUUAUCCAAACUAAAAUAAUAAAAUAUUAUGCAAAUAGGCGUUUACAUUUGUAGUCGUUAUUAAAAUGCAAUCAGUUUGUCUUUACCGUGAUAUAUUUAUGAUUAAUUCAAUUUACUCUUCGAAAAUUAUGGCAGAGUUAUAGGUACUUUACUCAAUUGUAAAUACAAUUUACAAACCAUUAUGUCACCUAAUACCUACAUCGAAAUAAGAACUAUUAAAUCGAUAUUCAUAUUUUUAAUCUACACUAAUAACAAUAAUCUUUUAUACCUAUUAAAUAUCUGGAAUACAUAUGCAUUCCCUUUUUUUUCGUAAGGUAAUAACAAACAUUGCUACUUAUUACAAUAUUGUGUAAAAUCCACACUAAAAACUAAAAUCUAAUCCAACAUAAGUUAACUGCUGGCAUACAAAGUAACAAUAUCCGAUUUUAUAUUUUUUUAACAGUUUACAAAACAUAAUGGGACUGAUUAUUGAUGAGAUGGGCAAAGCCUCUGCACUAGCACAAAAUUUGACAUUACCGAUUACCAGCGCCAACAAACUUGUUAAUUCCAAUCAUAUAAUUUACAUGAUGACCGAACAUAAUACACCCGGGUAAGAUGAGAUUUAUGAAGUGAAAUAUAUUAUUUUUAUAAUUGCAUACGUUACCAUAAUCGGUAACUAGGUAUAUAGGUGUUACUGUAAACUGAUUUCAUCAAAGUUCAAAGUUAUUAUCAAUAAUUUUUACUGUUUAAUUAUUAUUAUUUAUUUAUGGUUAUUAAUGUAUUAUAUAUUAAAUUUAUUAGUUUAUAAGACCAUUUUAAUGUACUUUUCUCAAUAAUAUAAUACAAAAAUAAUUUAAAGUGAACUAAUUACUAUUAAACACUAACAAAAAUUAAUGAAUAAUUGUAUUUCUUUUGGUAACUUCAAUUUAAUUUAUUAUAUUCAUUUUUACGAUUAACUAGUACUGUUAAUUUUUUUUUUUUUUUUCUUAAAUACUUGUAAUAUAUUCAAAUUAAAUAAUAUUCCCCAUAAUCUUUGAUAUAUAGCUGCUUUGGUAUAUAGUUAAUUUAUAUUUGAAUAAGUUUUAUUGAUAGUUUUCCAACAUUUGUAUUUAUUAAGGCAUUUUACUGUUAUUGGAAUAUUGAAAAUGGGAUGGAAAAAGUUGUACUUCUAUGACAAAAUGGGAUUACGAUCAGAUGCCAUGGUCUACUGUUUGCUGGACUUUUAUGUUCAUGAAUCUAGACAGCACAAAAGUUAUGGAAAGAGUUUAAUCGAUUUUAUGUUACAGGUACUUUUCUCAAAUAUUUUUGUGUUUACUGUAGUAUUUGAUUAGGUUCUUAUAAUCUUACGAUCUUAAUAAAAAUAUUUUUAGGAUAUACAUUUGAGUGCUAAACUUUUGGCCUUUGAAAAACCAAGUGAAAAACUAUUACAUUUUAUGUGGAAACAUUUCCAGCUAUCUAAAUUGGUAAACCAAGGCAACAAUAUUUUUACCUACGAGGAGUUUUUCGACAACGCAUGUAAUAAUUGUUAAUAUUUUAUAAUUUUUUUUUUUUAUGAAUAUUACUAAAUUAAACUUAUAAAAAAUAAAUUGUUUUGAUUUAUAGUUAAAGCAAAGAACCUUGAUAAUCAUAGAUGCCAGUAAGUUUUUAAUAAAUAAAACUCAAAUAGUUGUAUGUAAAUUAUUUAUUUUUUUUUUAUUAAUAUAAAUUAUUAUUAUUUAUAAAGGGAAUCUGCAUGCAACUGCCAAUUUACUUUUGGACAAAAUGAAGUUCAAAAACAUCAGGAUACAAUGAGCAGAGUGAGCCAUUUUGAAAGAUUCUAAUGUUUGUAUGAAUAAAAAUGAAUUAAUUUUUUUAAUUUUAAGCCUACACAAAAUCUGCAUGGCUAUACUGAUUUCCCGAAACCAAAAUACAAUUAUGGCACAGAUUUGUGAGUACUCAAUUUAUAUAGAUACUUAAUAAUUAUAAUUUAAUUUUUGAUAUUUUUUUAAAAUUCAUUUAGUGCUAAUAAUAAAUUCCAACAAGGGAACCUUUGCCAACCUGAAAAUGUAGGUGCAUAUCCUUCAAGUCUCAUGGAUGGUCAGCAUGGAAGACACGAUGCUCAUAAACAUCACGAUACAAUGGGACGAGUAAAUAUAACUUUACUGAUAUACUUAUAUAUAAAAAAAAUCUACUUUUGUUUUUAUAUUUAGAUUGUCCAAGGUGAAAGUAAUGCUGCUUUUGGAAAAUUUAAAUACAACCAAGACACAUUUUUGUAAGUAUUUAAAUUUGAAAUUUAUUUAAAAUAAUAAUCUAUAAAUCUGUUGUGUAUAUAUUCUACUAUAUCUAUUUCAUUUAUGCUUAUUUUUCCAUUUUAAAGUCUCAACAAUUUUAUUUUUUUACAUAUCAUUAUUACAAGGUUUUAUUGAAUCACUAAAGGUCUUAGCUAGAUUUAACUAGAUCUUUAACGAUGAGCUGUUGUCUAGAAUAGUUCUUUUGAAUCUUAGUUUGUAAAAUAACUGCAAUUUACAUGAUGUGCUUAAAUUAUCAUUAUUAUGUUAGUUAUAUCAUAUAUUUAAAGAGUAAUAGUUUUUGUUUGUAAUAAAUUUAGUGUUGAAGAUCAGUUCAAAGGAUUGAAUCCACAUCAUCAUGCAAAUACAAGUGCAUUUCAAACAGCUGAGGAUGGACACAUGGAAAAACGAGAGCUAAAGUCUCAUUACAAUACUGCAUUGUAAUUAUUUAGUUAAACAAUAUACAGAGUGAUCAAUCUAUCGUAAGACAGUCGUUAUCUCGGGAGUAUUAACUUUUUUCAGAAUUAAUUUGAUAGAAAAUGUAAGAAAUAAGCUGCUCUACAAUUUUACAUUUAUGUUAUUUUUUAUCACCCUUAUUUUUGUCACUACGUAAUUUUCAUUUUCAAACGGCAACCUAUAUUAGAAAUUCCAUAAAUAGAUGAUGAAGUAUUAGUUAAAAUAAAUUAUGGUAUUAAUUUUUGAUUUCCGUCAAUCUGUUGAUGAUAUAUUCCACUUUUAAGUUUUGGUUGGAGGAGAGUGGUGAUUCAUUAUUAAAACACCGUGCACCGUACAACCACACAAAUGAUACUCCACUACUCUAUUCCCACUCAAAUUUAAAAGUGAAAUAUCUCGUCAAUGUCAAAAAUUUCAACACUAACAUUUAUUUUAAAUAAUACUCCAUUUAUUUAUGGAAUUUUUAAUAUAGGUUACUGUUUGAAAAUCAAAAGUAGAUAUUGAUUUACCUCUAAAAAUAAGCGUGACAAAAAAUAAUAUAUAUGUAUGUAUAAUUGUAGAGCAGCUUAUUUCUUAAAUGUUCUAGAAAAUAAAUUUCGGAAAAAAUUAAUACUUUCUGAUAUAAUGAGUGUCUUAUGAUGGAUUGAUCACCCUGUUUAAGUCAAAAAUGUCUAUCAAUUUAGUCUUCACAUUCUUUUAAUCUACUGUGCUUUAAUUAUCAUUUUAUAUUAGGUUGUACAAUAUAUUUUAAAUAGAGUAAUAGUUUUUAUUUGUAAUAAAUUUAGUGUUGAAGAUCAAUUCAGAGGAUUUAACCCGCAUCAUGCAAAUACAAGUGCAUUUCAAACAGCUGAGGACGGACAUAUGGAAAAACGAGAUCUAAAGUCUCAUUACAAUACUACCUUAUAAUUAUUUAGUUAAAAAAUAUAUAGGUUAAAAAUGUUCAUAAAUUUAGUCUUCACAUUUUUUCAAUCUGCA